AACCUUGCCUGUGGUUCUUUUAUUAUUUUUAAAAUCGAAGGCGAGUAGUCUGUUUUACCAUAUGCCUGUAUUUUUGGACUAUAUAUUCAAAUUUAUUUAUAAAUAAAUGUGACAGCCAUCCUCUGGUACAGAUGAUGAAAUCAAUCACAUCAGGAAUGCGCAGGCAAAAAAUCAAGUCCUCCAGUGCUGUCAUCAAAGUUCGAAUGUUAGGAGUUAAACUGAUGGGAUAAUCCUGAUUGGUAGAAUCUACUCAAAAAUGACGGAACAGCGGGAAUCUCUGAGUUCGUUCGUCGAUAAAUCAAAGAAAUGUACUGAAUAUGACAAAAUAUUGGGAAGAAAUGUGCUCGUGGCCCCCUCUGAGGAACAGUAUGAACUUUUGUUGAAAAGAUUAAAGCAGCAACUUGGUGAAGGUCGCGGUGAAGUCAUCCUAGAAAUUGGAGCUUCAGAAGAUGGCAGUGAAAACGGGCUGUUGCAAGAUGAAGUUGAGGCUGCUGUGGCAACAUUGCAAUCUCUAGCUAACACUUUGGAGUGCAGUUGUGUGAAGUUGAGGGAGCGUAAGGAGACGCGAGGAGUGGUUGUGCAAUAUUUAAUAAGACGCGUUUUGGAUCAAAGCGACUUUUUGGAGAUUCGAGUAGCGGUAGUUGGCAACGUGGACGCCGGGAAGUCUACCUUACUGGGUGUCUUGACCCAUGGAGAGUUGGAUAAUGGCAGAGGGACGGCCAGACAGAAACUUUUUCGUCACAAGCAUGAAAUGGAAUCGGGAAGGACUAGUUCGGUGGGAAAUGAUAUUUUGGGGUUUGAUGAAGAAGGUAAUGUUGUAAACAAGCCCGAUCAUGGGUCCUUGGAUUGGGUGAAAAUAUGUGAGAGAAGUUCCAAGGUCAUUACAUUCAUCGAUUUGGCAGGUCAUGAACGGUACUUGAAAACUACCGUGUUUGGAAUGACCGGUCACGCGCCAGACUUUGGAAUGCUCAUGGUGGGAGCUAAUGCUGGAAUUAUCGGGAUGACCAAGGAACACCUGGGAUUAGCGCUAGCCUUAUCGGUGCCCGUUUUCGUGGUAGUGACGAAGAUAGACAUGUGUCCAGUGAACGUGUUGCAGGAUAAUUUGAAAAUGCUGAUCCGGAUUUUGAAAUCGCCCGGUUGCAGGAAGGUGCCGGUGAUGGUGAAGACGCCCGACGACGUCGUACUCAGCGCUACCAAUUUCGUGUCUGAGAGGUUAUGCCCGAUUUUCCAGGUGUCCAACGUGACCGGCGAAAAUCUGACCCUCCUAAAAACGUUUCUCAAUUUACUAACCACGAAGAUGGAAUACCACGAGAACGAGCCGGCCGAGUUUCAGAUUGACGAUACUUAUUCGGUGCCAGGCGUGGGGACCGUAGUGUCUGGCACCACCUUGAAAGGCAUCAUCAGACUAAACGACACGCUGAUGUUGGGACCAGACGCUCUGGGCCACUUCGUCCCCAUAGCGGUCAAGAGUAUUCACAGGAAAAGGAUGGCGGUGAAGGAGGUCAGGGCUGGCCAGACCGCGAGCUUUGCCCUCAAAAAGAUCAAGAGGUCGCAAAUACGAAAAGGGAUGGUAAUGGUGUCGCCUACGUUAAACCCCCAGGCUUGUUGGGAAUUCGAGGGAGAAAUCCUUGUUCUGCAUCACCCCACCACCAUCAGUUCACGCUACCAAGCUAUGGUUCAUUGCGGCAGCAUCCGGCAAACGGCCAGCAUAAUAUCCAUGUCGAAAGAAUGUCUACGGACCGGAGACAAGGCGCUGAUCCAUUUCCGGUUCAUCAAACAUCCCGAGUACAUGACACCUGGACAAAGGAUGGUAUUCCGCGAAGGACGGACCAAAGCGGUGGGCAACGUAGUCAGGAUAAUACUGCAGGCGUCGCCCACCCACCAAGGGAACAAAGCGAAGCAGAACAAGCAGCAGAGAUAUGGACAGGGUCACCAAAAGAAUCAGCAGGAUAAAACUAGGAGGGACGAAGUUACAGUUACGGUUUUGGAGAAAGAGAAUUAUUUGAAAGAGUUUUCAGAGAUUGACGCCAUGAAUAUGGAAAACGCCUUCCAAGGAAGUUCAGACAAGAGGGAAACUGACACACAAAAACCGGGCACCAAGAAGGGCAGGAGUCGCCGCGGGGGGAGGGGCAAAAGCUUGAAUGCCUCGACGAAAUCAGAGAUCACCAACAUAACUCCCGUGCAUUUGUCAAAUCGGACAACGGCCAGGGUGCAAUAAAGUAACCUUAUUACCAUUUCAUAUUUCACUUAGUUCGGUCUGCGGCUCACAAUUUAGUUGUCUACAAAUUAUCCGAGAUAUUUUUUAUAUUUUUGUUGAUGGUUUUCUUUAAAUAAAAGUCUCCAAAAA